AUGUUUGAUUUUAUAUCACCUGCUAGGAUUAAAAUACUACUAGUUCCUAUAAAUAAUAGUACUAUUAGCCAAUUCAAAUUAUAUUAUAACCAAAUUAUAUCGAAUGUUUCAGAAAUCAGAUUAUUAGAUAUUACGAUUGAUCAACAAUUACAAUAUUUUAAUCCAAAUUCAUCACCAAAUGGUAGAAUUAUACCCGAAUUUAUUACAACUCAAUUGGAUAAUGAGUCUAUAUUUUUGCACGAUUUUGAACCAUUUCGAAAAAUAUUUAUAGUUUUGGGGAUUGGUCCAUAUAAAGAAGGAGAAGGAGGAGGAGGAGGAGAAGAUAACAUAUCAGAAUUAAAAAGUGUUUAUUCAAGUUCAAUUGUACAUAAUAUUAUAUUGUUUGACUCACCAGAAAUAUCAAACACCAGGGAAAUUUUCCAUCAUAAUUUCAAUCAACCUAUAACUGCACUUGAAACUAUAUUUUGUGAUAUUAGUAAAAACUUCCUCAUCGCAUUAGAUAAUUAUGCAUUAUCAUAUUCUAAUAUAACGCUAAGAUCACCAGUUUCAAUUACUGAUUCUCAUGUAUUAACUAAAACUAUAAGUCAUGCUCAAAAGAGAUUAAGUAGUGGUUCAACAUCAUUUAAAGCAUCGUUUGAAGGUGAUUUAAAAACAAAAAAUCAUUUAAAAUAUCUAGGUAGGCAAAAGAAAUUAAUGGGUUAUUUUUAUUUACUUUGUGGGAAGUAUUCAGAUGCAUUUUCGACAUUUAUUGAAAGUUUAACGAGUUUAAAGAAAUCAGAUGAUUAUUUGUGGUUAGCUUCAGCUUUGGAGGGUCUAUCUGUGAGUAUUUUAUUACUUUUAUUCAUUAAUCAGUCAUUUCAAAUUCCAAAUCAAUUAAAUUCAAUAUUACACAUUUCUAAAAAGACAGAAGUUUCUAAAAUUUCAGAAUCUUCAGCUAAUUCAUCACCUAGAAAUUCAAUGAAUGGAUCAUUUUCAUUUAGUUCUUUAGAUUUUAAUACAAUGUCCUAUACUGAACUAAUUAAAAUUAUAAAUUUUAAGGUGGUGCAAUAUUAUGAUUCAAGUACUAAUGAUUUUGAAAAUAUGGUUCCUGAUAUAGUUUAUAUUGAAUGCAUACUACGAAAGAUAAAGUUAAUGAUUUCAUUACAUUAUGGAAACUCAAUUGAGAAUAUAGUGAUGAAUAAACUAGAAUAUGAAAAUAUGGAUUCAAAUUUUAGUAAAAAAGAGAUAUUAGAGGAAAUAGAUAGAAUAUUCACAUUACAGUUGGUUGAUCUACCUAUUGUUGAUCAAUGUAGGAUAUAUUCAAGUUUGGCUGGAAUGUAUGAUGAAUUGAAAUUAUAUAGAAAGAAAGCAUUUAUAUUGAGGAUAUUGUUAAUUGGAUUACUUCCUAAAUUACACCUUGUUAAACAUUCAAUAAAGGAAAUACUUGAAAAUUUAUACAAAUUGUAUGGGAUAAAUUAUCAACCAGAGACAAGCAUAAAAGAUGCAAGUAGUCAAAAUUGGAUAUCAUUACAAAUUCAAUUAUUGAAAUUAAGUCUUAAAAUUGCAGAAAGUUUAAAUGAUCGCGAAUUAUUGUUGAAUUUAUGUAUAUUGUUAUUGACUAGAUUUACUCAUUGUCUUCCAAUGAAUGAUCAAAUCAAAUUAAGAGAGAAAAUAGGUAAUAAAUCAUGUAAAUACUGGGAUCCUUUCUUAUUAAGAGAUGUUCAAUUAGUCAACAAACAAAAAGAAGAGCUAAUCCCAUUUAAAGAAUAUGAAAAUCAACCAAGUCAAGAAGAACCAUUUUUUGAUCCAUAUAAAAAGAAAAUAGAAACUGCAAGGAACAAGAUACUUAUUAAAGAUGAUGUUUAUCAAUUAAAAGUAACAUUACAAAAUCCAUUCAGUUUUGAUAUUGAAAUUAAUGAUAUUGUGUUAAAUGGAGUUGAGACAAUAAAGAAUUUGAUAUCUGUUCCAUUAAAUGGUAAAUUAAGAAAAAAAGCACCAGUGAGUACAAAUCAAACAUCGAGUUUAAUUGUCCCACCAAUGAGUACUGAACAAUUCUUGGUAUCUUUUAAACCAUUGAAAACUGGAAUAUUGACUAUAUCUGGGUUGAAUAUUAUAGUAGGGCAUUGUGAAGAGCAAUUUUUUAAAAUAGUCGAGAAGGAAACAUUUGAAGAUGAGAUUAAAUUAGAGAAUGAGAAACUGGAAGAAAGUACACUCGAUAAAGUGAUUGAAAAUUUAUCAUUAACUAGUUCGAGAGUAAGUUAUAAAGAGUUACAAUUAUCAGUUAUCCCACCACAACCAUUACUUAUCCUUUCAGAGAUUUCAGUUUCUAAUUUAUGGUUGAUGUUAUUAGAAGGUGAAAAAUUUCAGUUCUCAGUUAAGCUUACAAACACAUCCGAAGUUGAAAUUAAUUAUCUUUCAUAUUCAUUUUGGGAUUCAACUAUAGAAUACAUAAAUAAAAAAUUACAAACACAAUUAAAUUCAAAUGAAAUAUAUGAUUUAGAAUAUGAUCUAGUUAAAUUUAAACCAUUCAAGAUCAUUAAUAAAGAUGUAAUGGGAGAGAAAAUAUAUCCUAAUCAAUCAAUAAAUAUUAAUUAUGAGAUCACAAGCAGGAAAAUGAUGAAAGAAUUAAGGAUAAUACUUGAUUAUGCAAAUAAAUCAACUGAUGAUAUCUUUGUUAAACAAUUGAAUAUUCCAUUGAAUGUUUCAGUUAUGUCAUCAAUUGAGAUAGUAGGAUGUGAUAUAUUACCAAAUUUUAAAAUACCAAAUAUUGAAACUACAGAAAAUCAAAGCUUGUUGAUUCUUGAUUUACGCAAUUGUUGGACUGAGAAAUUAACAUGUAGGUUGAAAUAUAAAUCUCAUGAGUUUUCAAAUUCAAUUGAAUCAAAUAAGACAAAACGAUUCAUUAUUCCAAUUGAUAAAUUAAAUAAUGAGAUUGAUUUAACUAAAGCUAUUCCAUCACUAGUUAACAAACAAUUUAUAAAAAAUUAUAAUUUAUCAGAAGAUGAAGAAAAGCAAAUGAAGGAGUUAUUUUGGCUUAGGUAUCAUUUACUUUCAAAUUUAAGUGGGAAAUGGUCAAGUAAAUCAAGAAAAGGAAUAAUAGACUUACGCAAUUUAAGAAUAACAAAUAAAAUGAGUAACAACCUUAAAAUUGAUAAUAUUUUAAUAACUAAUUCGAUUGAAAACAUGCCAAAACAACGAAAAUAUCAAUUAAAAUUGGAUACAUUCUAUAAUUUAAAAACUACUAUAAUUAAUAAUUCAAAUGAGAGUAUAUCUGGAAUAAUUCGACAUUUACCCAUGCCUUUAAUUGGAAAUACUAGACAAUUAUCAAUUGAUAAAAAGUUAUUAAUUAAUGGAGUUCUACAGAAUAAGGUCGCCACAAUAAAACCAAAGCAAAAAUUAGAAAUUGUGUUGAGUUUUGUUAUUAUUGAGAAGGGUGAGUUUGAAUGGGGGACUAUUAUUGAUUUAGUUGAUCGAAAACUAGUUUGUAAAGACUCAUUAUAUAUUCAAGUAUAG